AUGGCGGACGGAGGAGCAGCGAGUCAAGAUGAGAGUUCAGGACCAGAUUCUAAAAUGAGUAAUCACUCGCAAACGACUAAAUGUGCAAUGGCGAGUGGUGAAGGAAACACAGGAGCCCAGACAAAUGGACUGGACUAUUCGAGGAGCAUACCAACCACAUGUGCAAUCACUAACGCACACGCACAAGCCCUCCUCCAACAGUUGACCCUGAGUCCAGCGCAGCAGCAGAUGCUGAUCCAGCAGGCCCAGGCCCAGCUCCUGGCUGCGGCCGUGCAGCACUCAGCCAACCAGCAGAACAGCACCACGGGUGCCAGCAUCUCGGCCUCCGCUGCCACGCCCAUUACCCAGCUGUCCCAGCCCAUCCAGAUCACCUCGCAGCUUCAGCAGCUUCAACAGCAGAACCUGGGUAUGCCCCAGUAUGUCCUGGUGCAGCCCGGACACCACAUCGCUACGUCACUGCAGCCCACACAGUUCAUCAUCUCACAGACGCCGCAGGGCCAGCAGAGUCUGCCUUUCUUUGACUCUGCAGCGCUCUUGCAAGGCACGAGUCUUUUAACUCAACUACCUCAAAGCCAAGCCAACCUCCUGCCGUCUCAACAGAGCAUCUCUCUGACCACUCAGCCUGCAACACCAACCCGUACGAUAGCAUCCACCCCUCUCCAGUCCCUCCCCCACAGCCUGACCCCCCCAAAACGGCUGGACACCCCCAUCCUGGAAGAGCCCAGUGACCUGGAGGAGCUAGAGCAGUUCGCCAAGACCUUCAAACAGAGACGCAUCAAGCUAGGCUUCACGCAGGGGGACGUGGGCCUGGCCAUGGGGAAGCUUUAUGGCAACGACUUCAGCCAGACCACCAUCUCCCGCUUCGAGGCCUUGAACCUGAGCUUUAAGAACAUGUGCAAACUCAAGCCCCUGCUGGAGAAGUGGCUCAACGAUGCAGUUUGUGCAGAGAACCUAUCGUCUGACCAGUCCCUGUCCAGCCCCAACGCCCUGGGCUCCCCCGGCCUGGGCAUCGAGGGCCUCAACCGCCGGCGCAAGAAAAGGACCAGCAUUGAGACCAACAUCCGCGUGGCCUUAGAGAAGAGCUUUAUGGAGCAAAACCAAAAGCCUACAUCGGAGGAGAUCACCAUGAUCGCCGACCAGCUCAACAUGGAGAAGGAGGUGAUCCGGGUCUGGUUCUGCAACCGCCGUCAGAAGGAGAAGCGUAUUAACCCCCCCAGCAGCUGCCACUCUGUGGGCCACACCCCCAUCAAAACCAUCUUCAACCCCAGCAGCCCUCUGGUGGCCAGCACAGCAAGCCUUGUGAGCAGUCCUACUCUGACCACCCCCUCCACCCUGACUGUAAACUCAGUGAUGCCCCUGUGUAGCACCAGCGUCUUCACAGGCACCACCAUGGGCAUGACCAACACGGCCUCGGUCAUCUCGACCACGCCCAUGGUGACCACCAUGGCCAGCUCGCCGGUGCUCAGCCCGUCAGUGGUGAGCCUUCACUCGGAGGCGAGCAAGGCCAGCGGCCACGAGCACAUGGUCAUCACGCCCACGUCCCUCGCCGCCACGUUCAGCGGCGGCGGCCAAGUGAUGGUGUCUGCGUCCGGGCUGUCGGCCGCCCUGCAGAACGCCGCCCAGUUACCCAACAACUUCGCCGCCAUUGCCGCCGCAGCCGGACUCAACCCGGGGCUCAUGGCGUCCUCCCAGUUUGCUUCGGGGGGGGCGCUGCUCAGUCUCGGCCCGGGUGGUCUCGGAGGAGCCCUGGGUCCCACCCUCAUGAGCAACAGCACCCUGGCCACACUGCAAGGUGUUUGGAGUGCUCUGACCUCCGGCGGCAGCCUGCCCAUCACCUCCCUGGACGGCAACCUGCUGUUCGCCAACACCUCGGGGGGCAACGCGCACAACCUGGUGACGGCGCCGCUCUUCCUCAACCCCCAGAACCUGUCGCUGCUCACCAGCAACCCCGUGAGCCUGGUGUCGGCCGGGGGGGCGGGCGGGGGGGCCCUGCAGCUCACCAGCGACGCCCACCACCAGGCCACCACCGCCGGCAUGCCCGCCUCCACCAUCACCACAGCCUCCAAGGCCCAGUGAGGCCUGCCCGCGCAGGCCCCUCGUAGCGCGCACUGCCCCGGGGCCAUCCCACGCGCCCUGUGCUGUGGGGCCGGUCACUGGGGGAGUCGGAGGAAGCGGGGGGAGUCAGAGUUAGAUUGACAUCGGCUCGACGCUUCAGCCACGCUUUUCAAUCCUCCUUCUUCUACUCGUCCAUUCCUC